UUUACACUGUGAUCAGUCCGCCUCCUCAUGGCUCAGGCUUUAUCUUAGGCUCCCUCCUGAACCCAAAACACAACAUGAUGUCACGUUUGGGCUCAGCCUCGCAGCUUAUUUCGCGAGUUGAUGAGUUAGUUUCAUCCUUUUUCUUGUGUUUUUGAACUUGUUUGCGAACAGAAACAAGAGGAAGGAUCGCUUGAAGACAUCUGGCAUAGAUACAGUUUUGACCCUUGGGGAAAAACAGUUUCACCUGGGAUCAAAGAAAGCAACCUGCCUCUGUAUCAGGACUGAAGACGGGGAAAGCAGUCAUGCUCGGCGGUGAAGGAGAGAGCAGCACCUUCUCUUCGACGAAGGAAACAGCGGAUGAGAGGUGCAAGUCCCCUGCUGUGGAUGGAGACGAUCCGGCCGCUGGCAGCAGAUACGCAGAGCACGGGAUGGGUGCUGACCGGUACUACAUCCCUCCCUCGGUUUCUAAACAAAGCUCAGAAACAUCAAACCCCUGCUCUUUUCUCCCUUAUACUCCCAGUGGGACGGUUUACACCCCGUCCAGCGCCGGCAGGUACCCCUCAUCUCUCCACUUGGGGUCCGUGGUAUCCCCCGCGGGAUUUCCCCCCGCCGCCGGCCGCAGUCACUUCAGCUCGGCUUACCAGCUCGGGCAGAGCCCGGGUUGCAUCUACCCGCCCUACACUGGCGCAGGGUCCGCUCUCAGCAACAUAUCUAUACCCACAAGCGGCCCCGGAAUGAGGGCCCAGGUCUACCUCUGCAAUCGACCCCUGUGGCUCAAGUUUCACCGUCACCAAACCGAGAUGAUCAUCACCAAGCAGGGCAGACGGAUGUUCCCGUUCCUCAGUUUUAACAUAGCUGGUCUCAACCUGACAGCCCACUACAACGUGUUUGUGGAGGUGGUGCUGGCGGAUCCAAACCACUGGAGAUUUCAAGGUGGCAAGUGGGUCACCUGUGGGAAGGCAGACAAUAGUAGCCAAGGAAACAAAGUCUACAUCCAUCCAGAGUCUCCUAACACGGGGGCCCACUGGAUGAGACAAGAAAUCUCCUUCAGCAAGCUGAAACUCACCAACAACAAAGGGACCAGUCACAGUACUUCACAGAUGAUUGUCCUGCAAUCGCUGCAUAAGUACCAGCCAAGGCUGCACAUCGUGGAGGUGACCGAGGACGGGGUGGAGGACAUUAGCAGUGACAUGAAGACUCAGAGCUUCACCUUCCCAGAGACCCAAUUCAUAGCUGUGACUGCCUACCAGAACACUGAUAUCACACAGCUGAAAAUUGAUCACAACCCUUUUGCCAAAGGAUUCAGAGAUAAUUAUGAUUCGAUGUACACAGCUGCAGAGCAUGACCGCCUCACUCCAUCUCCAACCGACUCUCCCCGAGCCCACCAGAUUGUACCCAGUGCCCGCUACACCAUGCAGCCCAUCUUCCAGGACCAACUUGUCAACAACCUUCCCCAGAAUCGCUUCUACAACAGUGAGAGAGCGGUGCCGCAGACUAACAGCCUCCUCUCACCUCAUACAGAGGAUGGAGCUUCACAGAGGUGGUUUGUCACCUCGAUGCAGCAAGGGGGAAACAGCACUAGCACCAGCAACAAGAUAGAUCUCACACCAUAUGAAGGGGAAUACUCAAGCUCCCUGCUUCCUUAUGGUAUCAAAUCUCUAUCAAUGCAAACAUCUCACGCUCUCAGUUACUACCCAGACUCUCCUUUCACCACCAUGUCUGCGGGGUGGGGGUCCAGAGCAGCAUACCAGAGAAAGGUUACUCCCAGCCUGCCUUGGUCACCCAGGCCCAGUCCCACUGCUGGUUUCUCAGAGGACUCAAACAAAGUUAAAGCACAGAUAGAAGAGGAGGUGAACGGGAGUGGAGGUCUGAUCUCCUCCUGGACAGAGACACAGCCAUCAGCUCUGUCCUUAGACAAGGCUGACUCUUAUUCCACAGCCUGUAAACGAAGGCGCUUGUCUCUUAAUGGUCCUAGCACAGAGGACUCACCCACUGACAUCAAGUGCGAAGACUUGGCCUCUGCUGUCACCAACAGUAGCUCCUAUAGCAAAGAAACCCCCUCAUCCAAAAGCAUUGCAGCUUACUAUUCCUUUUACACAAACCCUUAAAUGUUGUGUCUCUGAAAUGUCUUGUUUCUCAUUUUGUCAUUUUGGUUGUUCUUCAUCUGUCAUCAUCAAUAAGAAAUAUUGUUUUUGCUUAUUUUGUUAUGCGCACACCCGGGAUUAGUCUUGGUAGUGAAAAAUGAUUUCCUUUCCUUUUGUGGUGGAAAUUCAAGGACACAUUAAAACAAUGACAUGAAGUCAAAGGGGCAUCUGACAUCUCGAUAUACUGACUUAUUCCAUCUAUUAUAUGUAUAGUCCAUCUGUCCUCCUGGGCUAUUUAUUGUUUGACUACCCAAUUUCUGUAACCCUGUAUUUGUAAUUCUGAAAGUGCCAAAGCAUUUGUUUAAGUUCUCUCUCUCUCUUUUUUUAAACAGUGUUAUGUAUGUUUUCAUCGUGCAUACAUUACUCCAUCGGCCUUCACACCAAGAUUAUGUGUUUACAGAUUAUUUAUUGAAGGCCUGUUGAUAUGAAAUUUGUGCACUGAUAAAUGUUAGGAAAAAUAUGGUGUAUAUACCUUCAUGGCAAUGAUAUUUGAUAAUAAAAGGCAUAUGUGUUCUAUUUA